AUGGCCAACAACUACAAUAAUGACGCCUACUACGGCACUACCCCAUUCUCCAUGGCUCCCUCGACCUCGAGUAGCCAGUCCAACAACUCUCAUCCUGCCUUUGAUCGUACCAACGCCGAGAUGAUGACCUUUGCGCCUUCGGAUCCCCUCCGAAUGGGGGACUUCCCUUUCUCCCAGUCUCAUGGAUCAGACAUGCUGUCGGGCAGCGUGCCAGCCGACGAGCUGCUCCCUUCUACCUCGUCCAGUCUGCCCGCGACCACUGCGCAGUUGGCCGACCGACUGUCCAACACGUUGUUCGCGUAUGAUCCGCUCUUUGGCAUCGGGAGCUCCAUGCCCAUGGCACUGGACACAGCAGGUGCAUUUGCCUACGACCCUUCUUCUGUAUAUCCUCAACCCUCCUCGAUGUUCGAACAGACCUUCAGUAGGCAGCCGAUGCCUCAGCGUCCUUCGUUUCAGAACCAGAAUCUGAGCCUAGACCCAACUGCAUCCUACUCUACCUCGCAAGCGCAUGCAUCGAGCAGAAACCCCUACUGGACAUCCUCGGCUGAUGCCACCCCUACGGCCGAAGCCACGACCAUGGCCAACAGAUCAUCCUCCAACGUUUCGAAAUCGACAGAAUCGUCACGAAGCCAGCAGUUACCGCACAGGCGACGCCAGGAUUUUCAAGCCCCUGCGACACAAGUUUCUUCCCACCGUUACAUUCAGCCCAAGAGGCCAUCGCCCAUGAAAGAUUCCAUCAAGUCGGCGAGCACGGGUGAGGUCACUCCUUAUAACAGCAUAUAUUCGAGCAGCGGCAUUGAUAUGAUGAGCAUACUGGCUGAGGUUGUUUCAAGACCCGACCCCAAGAUUAAUAUCGGCGCUGUUGAUUUGUCAUGUGCAUUUGCAUUGUGCGACAUCCACCAGGAGGAUAAUCCUAUCAUUUAUGUAUCGGAGGCCUUUGUGCGGCUGACCGGUUACACUGAGGAGGAGAUUGUUGGCCAGAACUGUCGGUUUCUUCAGGACCCAACUGGUCUGGUCCAGCAGGGCAUGCCCCGGAAGUUCGUCGAUCAGCGUACCGCAUUUCGAUUGCGGUCUACGAUCGAGGACCGUGGAGAAAUCCAGGCCACCAUCAUUAACUACAGAAAGGGCGGCCAGCCCUUUAUGAAUCUAAUCACAAUGAUUCCUGUCCGAUGGAAUUCACCUGAUUACCGAUUCUACGUCGGGUUUCAGGUCGACCUCGUGGAGAAGCCCGAUGCCAUCACAAGAAGGAAUCCAAAUGGUACUUACAUGAUUAACUACCAGCGCAAUCAACUGCCUAAUUACGUGGUGCCGCCCCCGGACAUCUAUCGGAUGCAUCCGGACCUUGCCACCUACUUCGGUCCCGACCAGGUCUCGACGAUACUGGACAACUUGGGCACUUCCGACCAGAGCUACCAGCAGUAUCUGGACCGCGUUCUCGUCGAGAAUACCGAUGACGUCAUUCACGUGCUCUCUUUCGACGGUGAAUUUUUGUACCUAUCUCCGUCCUGUCGGAAGGCCCUCGAGUACGAAUCAUACGAGUUGAUAGGCAAGACACUCUCGACGAUCUGCCAUCCCAGCGAUAUCGGUCCUGUCAUACGCGACCUCCGAUCCUGCACCAACUCUGACCCAGUCAGUGUGAUGUACCGGAUCCGGACAAAGUACAGCGGGUACGUGUGGUUCGAAAGUCACGGCUCGUGGCACAUCGGCGAGCGCGGCCGGCAAUAUAUGGUGAUGACCGGCCGGGUCUGCCCCGUCUAUCACCUGGACCAGAUCGCAAAGAUUGGCGACGGCGGGUUAGCCGAGAACGAUCUGUGGGCCAAGCUCUCGAUCUCUGGCAUCAUUCUCUUCAUGUCCUCAAAGGCUCGGCCAGUGCUCGGCCGAGUGCCCGAUGAUCUGGUCGGUAAAAGUAUUCAGGACCUGAUCUCAGUCGAUGCCCGGCUGGACGCUCAACAGGCUUUGGAGGUGGCUCGGACUGGCCAGCAGACGAGCUUUAACCAUAAAAUCCGGCACAAGAAGGGUCACAUGUUGCAGGCCCAGACCACCUUGUACCCUGGAGACACCAAGGCAGGGGAGAAACCUUCAUUCUUGGUCGCGCAGCUGCGCUUUCCCAAAUCACCGCAGACUGCUUCCGGGACGGAAGAUGUUGCACCUGCGGAUAUCACCGCUGCGCUUUCCGGGGACACGAGCGUGAUUGGAAGGGGAGACGGCACUGCGGCGGACCAACCGACGUACGACAUGUCGGCACUGGGGGGCUCCAACUCGUUGCCAUCCGGUAAUCAAUACGUGCCGACUGUUGGCGAACCGAUGCUCUUCACCGAGUUGAACCCGACACGCGGUUCGAGCUGGCAAUUUGAGCUCCGCGAACUGGAGAAACAGAAUCGUAUUCUGUCCGACGAGGUUCAGCGCCUUCUUGCGCGGAGGAAGAAGCGUAAGAGGAAGCAGAGCACUGUUCCCGUCGAAAAGAGCUGCGCGAUGUGCCAGACCCGGACCACGCCGGAAUGGCGUCGAGGUCCCAGUGGUAACCGCGAUCUUUGCAACAGCUGUGGUCUGCGCUGGGCCAAGCAGGUCCGCAACGCGGCACAGGCUGCGUCGCAGAAAAUCCGAGCCACUUAG